AUGGAGGACAACCAAACUCGGUCCCAGGAGCCUGACUGGGGGAAACUUCGGCCGGGACCCUUUACCGAGUGCAUCAAGAAGUCCAGACCGGACAGGGAAGUACAGCCGUUGCGAAUACCGUUUUACAUCGGCGUGGAAGACCCCUUGACGCACCUUCACUCCUUCCAAUCGGCAGUAGGAUGUAAGGGCCUCAGCGAUGAGGGACAGUGCCUGCUAUUCCCAUCCUCCCUUACCGGAGCUGCUCUGAACUGGUUCUACCAUCUUGAACCAGGAACGGUAGACUCGUUUGAUGAGCUAAAGCAGAUCUUUCUGAACCACUUCAUGAUCCAAACGGACCGUCUGUACUCUGCCGAUGAUCUGUAUACGGUACGGCAGAGAGAGGACGAACCCCUACGAGAAUACGCUGCACGCUUCAGUCAUGAGUACUCGAGGUGUCCGAAAACGGACGAUAGGGCAGCCUACGGCGCCUUCAAGAGUGGCCUUCGGUCCUCUCACUUUCGGUACCUCGUGCACAGUAGCAACUGGUGCACGUAUGACGAACUGAUGAAGCAGGCGGCAGUCCACGCCAAGGCCGAAUAUUUCACCUCCAAACCCGGGCCUUCGGCUCAGCAGGAGGAAUCGGUAUCGAAGAGCUAUCCGGGGCGAACCGACAAUUCUAUGGCAGGCCACAAGCGGAAGGACGACCGCGAUCAUCGGCGGGGUAGCUCAAAGAAUGGGCGUGGGAAAUACGGUCGCAACGACCACUGA